AUGACGACUGUUCGAAACGCCCCUACUCCCUUACAUCAGUGGGUUGUAUCUGGUGUUACAAACUUGCUUACAUCUCAAAUGCCUGCUGGUACACGAGUCUUGUAUGGUUCUCCCAUUCAAGAUCUCCCCUUUUUGAAAGAAGACCAGCGCAUUCCAGACCUACAACUCCUCUAUCAAGAACACGGAGCUCUUGAACCAAAGGCUGUUCUUUCAGUAGAGACAGGAUUUUUGCAGCAAUACGAGAGUCUUCAGCACGCCGUCCGCAGAGCUAUCGAUACUACUCAGAACGUCAAUGUCUCCUUAAUGAUCAGGUUGAAAGAAAAGCCAGCCUUUCGCGAUCCGUUUUCGCCAACUUCUUCCGGUCUAUAUCAGCAUCCGAUCACCAAGGAGUAUGUGGACACGGCGACAAUGCUGACGUACUUUGAGUCUUUAAGCCACACAGAACCAUUGCCUAAGAAUCCUAAUGACCUAGAAAGCCCGUUGUUCUUCCUUGGGACCCGUUGGGUUGGCCGGGUUGAAGGCACCUUAGAAGUCUGGGUGCGUGACAAAGUUACCCAGAAAGCUGUCCGAAAACUUGAUCCAAUCCUAUUUUACGGCUCGAAACUACGGGUUGAUAAGGACACACCCUACAUCGACGCUAGAAAUGAGGAUGUUCAACUGGGUCUUAAUCUCUCUGACAUAAUCAUCUCUGCUAACGACGAUCUGAAGAAGCCGUUCGUCGUUAAUUGGGUGGAGCUAAGAGAAUGCAUCAAUGAGGGCCGGAUGGCGUUGGCUAUGAGUCGGUGCUGGACAGCUAUGAACCAUAUUGCAGAGUUGAACGGGAAGAAAAAGUGA